UCGCAGAUCAAUCGUCACUCCCUAAAGUCUGUACCUCCAGGAUCAGGAUCAAAUUGGCAUCAGUCAACUCCCGACUGCCGGAGGAAGCGCACGCGGUGAAAAAAAAUUAGCGCGAACUAAUGCAGUGAACAUUUUGUGUUAUUAACGUGAUAUAUGCAAUACGAGUGCAUUUAGAAGAUUUACUACUGUUUUAACCGGUGUCAAAGAUGCCGCUCCAGAUAAGAAGAGAGGGCGUGGUCUCCUUCCUCCGGGAGAACCUUCUUACAUUACUGACAAUCAUUGGAGUUGUGGCUGGAACUCUUCUUGGUUGGGGGUUGAGAGCUACUGGGUAUGAAUGGACACGACGAGAGGUUAUGUACUUCCAAUACCCUGGAGAGCUGUUUCUCAGGAUGUUGAAAUGCCUGAUCGUACCUUUGCUGGUUUCAUCGAUUGUGUCAGCUAUAGGGUCGUUGGAUCUUAGCCUAUCGGGCAAAGUUGGUCUGCGGGCGAUUAUCUACUACAUGACAACGACAUUCUGUGCAGUGGUGCUAGGAAUAGCGCUCGUUACCACCAUCAAACCUGGUCAAGACCCUGAUUCUUUACCUGCUACCACAAAAGUUAUUUCUAAGGAUACAUUGACGUCUGACAGUAUUCUUGAUUUAAUACGAAACGUUUUCCCCGAAAACAUAGUUGAAGCCACCAUAGCCUCAUACCGUACGAAGCUCACCUACGAUGUGAAUGACACGAGAGCAAUUAAAGGUCAACUGGAAACAUACAAAAUAGAGAAUUACUACCAGAAAGGCAGUAAUGUCUUAGGUCUGGUGGCGUUCAGUAUAGUGCUGGGCAUCACUCUUGGUAAAAUGGGCGAGCAGAGUCGACCGUUGCAAAAUUUCUUCCAUACACUCUCGGAGGCCAUGAUGAUAAUUACCGGAUGGGUUAUUUGGCUCUCACCUCUCGGAGUGUUCUUCCUUGUCACAGCGAAGAUCAUGGAAAUCGAGUCAUUCUCUGAUCUCGUGGGGAGACUUGGCCUCUACUUUAUGACGGUGUUACUCGGUCUCUUCCUUCACGGUUUUGGGACCUUGAGUAUUCUCUUCGUGUUAGCCACAAAAAAGCUGCCUUGCAGAUAUAUUGCGAAGAUGGGACAGGUUAUGGCCACUGCGUUUGGAACUGCAUCAAGUUCAGCAACAAUGCCAAUAACGAUAGGCUGCUGUGAUGAUAUGGGUCUGGACCCUCGCAUCACGCGCUUCGUGAUACCUAUCGGAGCCACUAUUAACAUGGAUGGCACGGCGCUGUAUGAGGCCGUCGCUGCAAUAUUUAUCGCACAACUUAGGAAAAUCGAUAUGUCAUUCGGCAAGAUUGUAGCCGUCAGUAUAACGGCAACAGCAGCUAGUAUAGGCGCAGCUGGAAUCCCGCAGGCAGGCCUCGUUACCAUGGUGAUGGUGUUGGAUACUGUUGGCCUACCAGCUGAAGACAUCUCACUUAUUUUUGCAGUUGAUUGGCUAUUAGAUCGAUUCCGAACUACAAUCAACGUGGUAUGCGACGCUUUGGGCGCUAUUAUUGUAACGUCACUAUCUCAAGCAGACAUAGAAAAAUGCCGUGCACAAAGCGAAAGGGAAGGACCCGGGCACGAGCUCAGCGAUCUUGAAAAGGGCGAACAUUAAUAAGCUUUCUGUAACGUCCAUAGUGAUUUUUCACAACAUAAUGGCCAAAGGAAAAUAAAUAUAUGUUAAAAAACGGGUUAGCCAGAUAUACCCAGAACUUGGUUAAAACUAAUUUAAGUAUCAUCAAAAGAGCAGAAUAUUGGCGAUUUAAUAAACACUGUUAUGCAAGGAAAAAUAUUAGGUCCCUUAAGUAGUCACUUAUUAUUCAAUGUAGCUAAAAAUAGUUAAAAUAUUAUUUUAUGACUUCAAAUUGAGAAUACCAAAAUAUUAAUAUUAUAGUGUGUUACAGUGUUUAAAACUAAAUGAGAAUUUGUUUAGUUCCCGCCAAUAUUACAUACAUAGAUAUUUUUACUUGGCCCGAUGUUACGCCUCGAUGUUGAUCACAAUAGGUAGUCCGGAUAUAUUCACAGAAAUAUUAUUUUAAUGGAAUCGUUUAUUUUUUACUAAUGCUGUUUUCGAUACCAGUUUUAUUAAUUAUUUUCAAGUAAGAACAUAUCAUAAAAACUAUUGUUUAAUUAUCGGCUCUUAAUUUUGUUAAUUGAUUUAAGGUCAAGUAUUAUUAGAAUUUAGAUGUAGUACAAUUGAUUGUAUGAGAUUUUCAACUCUAAAUAUGCUAAAGUCUAUUUUCAUAUGACAAAUUAUUUUUCCAUAUUCCGACUUGUGAAUAAUUCUACUAGUAUAUUCACUUAUCUUUGUGUGAAUGUAUUUAUUUGUGCGCCUGGUAAGUACAUUUUAUUUACUAAGUAUUGUGUAUACAGUACCAAAUACUAGCUGUAAAUUAGACUAGUAAUUCAAAUUUGCAGUUGCAUUCCAUUUUAUAUUAGCCCGGAUAUUAUUUCCCGGAACGUAAAAAGAUAUAUGUAUAAUCAUAAUUAUUAGGUUUAAUCUAGAAUAGGAAAAUACCGCACAGUGAAAACAUAUAGUAUAGCUUAGAUUUAACUAAUCGGUUUCAUUAUAAUUUCCGAGAAUUAAUGAGGAAUAAAUUGUAUAUUCUUGUGGUAAUGCUAAUGCGGUUACGUAAGACACAACCCGCAACAAUUUACUUUUUCCAAACCAGCCAGUAUUUUUAUCGCCAACGAAACGCACCAAGAAGGUUACAUAUGUACUACCUAUCCAAAUUGCAAUUAUGGCUCUUAUGUUCGUCAUUUGUCAAAUUACCGCAGAAAAUAUGAUUUUUUUAUAUACAUAACAUGAUAAUGUAUAAACGUGUUAUGUUUUCUACGUGCGAUGUUUAAUUUUGUGUCGAAAUCAAUAUUUUAUGUAUUUUAAAUACAAUAAUGUUUUAAUAUAAAUCUAGUCCAUUUCGGAGAUUCAUUUUGUUCACCAUUACGGUAAGUUGUGCUUAGCACAAUUAUGUUGAUUAAAUUAUCAAUGUUGAGUAAUGAAUGCAGAUAUAUCGGUGCAAUAUAUGGUGUUUUAUUGUUAAUGUUUAUUAAUAAAUAGUUAUAUGAAU